AUCCACAAUCUACAGAAGAGAAAUAAUACAUACAAAAUACAUAUAUAUAUAUACUUUUUAGAGAGAGAGAGAGAGAAAGAAUGGGGAAGAAGCCAUCAUCAAGUUUUGCGUUCCUAUUCAGAAGGCUAAACGGGAAAAGUAGUAUCAGUAAUCCCGACGGCGAGCGGCGGCGGCGGCGGAAAUCGGCGACCUCCGCCGGAUUCCGGUGGAAGCGGCGGUUCAGUUUGCGCCAUUGGUUGAUCGACACGUGUCUCUUCAAGAUUGUGUCGAUUUUGGAGGCGGUAGUGCUGGUCUCCAGGCUCUGUUUCUUCUUCCUCUGCUGUGGCUGUAAAUUCUGAGGAAUGAUCCAUUAAUAUUGUUAAAGUAUUCUUCAGUCCACAUUAAUUAAUAUCAUAUGGAUUGGAGAUUAAGGAAUUUUUUCAUUUCUUACUGAUUAAGCCUUGUGAUGAUGUUUAUGUAUACAUUGUUGUUGUUCAUUUUUAAUUUUUGAUUUAAUUUGUUUGAUCCUUGGGGAAGAUUAGAGUCCCUUCGGCAUGAAUUCAUGUCGGAAGAACGCGAAAAACUUUAAUUAGAAUUGACUACAGAUUCGAUUUUUA